CUUCCUCUCAUUUGUUUUUUCCUUCCUAUUGCCUUUUAAGGCUGAUGCAAUGACUGAAGAAAAAGUUGCUUUGAAUUCUCUCCGUGUUAGUGCCGACGAACGAAUAGAAUUUAUAAAGGAGCAAGCGUUUAAGUCGUUAAAGGUAAAAUCUGAAAGAUGGAAUAGUUUCAUUGCUGAGGAUGAAAAUAAAAAACUGCUGCUGGAUUUUCUCGAUGAAGCGCAGAAUGGAAGACUACUGUUAUUUACUGGAACAGGAGGAGCUCUGCACGCUGACAUGCAGUUGACCGUCCCAUCAAAAAGCAAAAUGCUUUAUAUUUUCAAAAAUUGUAGAAAAUUAUCCGAUAAUGACCAUGUCAAUGAACUGAUGCUUGGAGAGAUCUUGCAGCACCCAGUGGAGCAUCUUGCAGUUUUGAUCAAUGAGGUACUGGUUCCAAUUUUGUCCAAUUCAAAUAAUCAUUUGUGGUGGCCACAGGCUAUAUCCUAUGAUAUCAGAAAACAUAUCGAAAUGAUAAGAAGCAGAAUAUCUGUUGUUCAUGGUCAAAUGGAAGGCAAAACUAUUCUGCCAUUGCCCUUGGUUCCUGAAAGUGUAUAUGAAAACCAAGAAAUUGAAAUUCAAGAUAACCUUCCACGACUGGGCAAAUCAAUACUUCAUUCUAUUGAGUCCAUAGUGAUUCAAUGGAUGCAUCAGAUAAUAGAUGUUAUGAAACAAGAUUCAUUUGAUGACUUAAUUGAAGAAAAAAAUCCUACUCCAAGUUCAGAGAUUUCCUUUUGGAUGGCAAGAAAAGAAAACUUGCUUGGAAUAUAUAAGCAGCUCCAGAAUCCCAAGAUUUACAAAAUAGCUAAUAUUCUGCGAAUUGUGAAAAGCAGCUAUUAUUCUACAUUCAAAAAUGCAAUCUUGAAAGUCACAGAAGGUGUCUCUGAGGCUCAAGACAUUGAAUUGCAUCUCCGAGCUUUGAAAUAUCAUGUAUCACAAUUGGAGAAAUCAAACUUCACUGAAAUCGAGCCACUUAUUCCUCCCCUUUUCCAUACUAUUUGCUUGAUAUGGAGCCAUUCCAGAUACUAUUGCUUCCCUUCAAGAAUUAUUAUCUUGCUACAGGAAUUCUGCAAUCUUAUCAUCAACCAGGCAUUAAACUAUCUAGUUCCUGAAGAGAUUUUUAAAGUUGAGAUAGAAGAAGCAUUGGAGAAGGUGCAACUUGCCAUUCACAUAUUGAAAAGCUUUAAGAAUUGUUUCCAACAACACAGAUUAAAGAUUUCUCAGUAUUACAGGAGCAUUAUGGAAGUAAAACAUUGGGACUUCCCUACACAGAUGGUCUUUGCUCAUUUUGAUAGAUUUUUUGCCUGUUUGUUAAAAAUUGAGGAACUGUUUAAUACAGCUACGGACUUUCUUAAACUGGAGAGAAUUGAAAUAGGAGGUUCCAAAGGAAAGGCUUUCAGUGAAAUAAUUUAUGGUAUCAAUGAAGAAUUUCAGGAAUGUUGGCGAGUAUUUGGAGAAAACAAAUAUGAUCCACUUGAUUACAACAAUAAGGAAUUUUUGUCAGAUCAUAGCAGGUACAUGGAGCAGAUACUUGAUUUUGACAAACGCUUAGGCUCAGUGCUGAAUCUUGCAUUUCAGGAUUCAGGAUCUCUGGAAUCGGCUUUUAAGCUUUUGUCAAUAUUUGGUGUGCUGCAAAAACGACCUGUCAUUGCCAGCAUUUUUGCUGUGAAAUAUGCCAACCUUCUGAGAAUGUUUGAGGCAGAAAUGGACAGCUGCAAAGAAAUUUUUGAUAAACAAGCAAAGGUGAAGAUGAAUUAUGUAGUAUUGCAUAAGAAUAUGCCAGUGAUAGCAGGCAACCUGAAGUGGUCCCAAGAGCUUCGUGAAAGAAUAUUAAGUCAGAGAAAUCAAUUCAGACACAUUAAUCAUCAAAGUCUACAUACAAAGGAAGCAAACCUAGCUUUCCAGAAAUGUGACAGAAUGUUAGCUUUAAUCGAUAACUAUGAUCAACAAAUCUACUCAUCAUGGACAGAAAGUCUAGAUGCUGUUUGUCAAGCAAACUUGAAUCAACCAUUUCUCAAAUGGAAUGAAGAAUCUGGUUUAUACUUUGUGAACUUUAACCCUGAGUUUUCAGCUGUGCUUCGUGAGGUCAAAUACCUUGGGUUGCUGAAAGGAUUUAACAUCACAGAUGUGGCAUUAAAUUUGUAUUCAAAAAGAGCGAUUCUUGAUAUGUGUGUUGGAAACUGGAAACUGAUAACUGACAGCUACAAUAAACUACAUACCUGCAUACUGGAAGUGGAAUUUCCACUUGUUGAGCAUGAAUUGAAGAAGAUUAAUAAACAGCUGAGACCUGCCACAGAAACCUUAACAUGGCAAACAGAGGAUUCAUGGGAAUAUAUCCAGCAGACUAGAAAACAGAUGCAAGAUCUGAAUAGUAGAAUGCAGAAAAUCAAAUACAAUGUGGAGGCAAUUCAUACAAUAGUACAUGACUGGAGUCAUGCAUUAUUUUUUCUGCAUAAUAAAUAUGACUGUGCAACACUGUUCCUUGAUAAGGAAGAGAAAAUGACGAAAUAUUACAAAUUCAUUCAAGAUGGAGGAGAAUCAAUUCACCAACUGGUUGAGGAUAAUCUUCACCUGUUCUGUGCAGAUCCCCAGGCUGAUGAAUGGAAGGUGUACACUGAGUACAUUGAUCGCAUAAUUUUAGAUGGGUUCUACAUUAUUAUUAAAUCCUUCCUUCAAUAUCUAAAUGAAUGUACAGAAACUUUGCCAAAGUCAUCACCUCAGUUCGAAGUGCAGCUGGUCCUUAAUGGGUGUGAAUUGUCAUUCAGUCCUCCCUUGGACCUGGAAAAGGAGGACAACUUCUAUGAUCUCAUAGAAGAAUUAAUAAAUGAUAUAUACAAAAUGGCCUCUAAAGUAAAAAGAGUAGCAAAACAUCUAGGAAUUGACAACUAUCAGCAAGAAGUAUAUACAAUGAGUGAUUUGGCUGCAAUGCAUCAAGAGAUCAUGAAAAAAGUGAAAAGAGCUGUUGACAAAGCAACAAAAUAUCAAACUUCUUUUGACAAGUACAGUUAUUUGUGGAUGAAUGACCAAAAAGAAUUCAUGAGGCAGUUUCUCCUCUAUGGUCGUUUUCCGUCUUCAGAGGAGCUGGAAGUUCAAGCAGACUGUGGACUUCCAGAGAGUCCACCUCAACUGGAGCAAUUUAGAGAACAGAUCAAUAUUUAUGAAACAUUAUAUGUCCAAGUUAGUGCCUUUGAAGAUGCUCACACUUUUGGAUGGCUUCAAGUCUGCAUUAAACCAUUCAAAUUAUCUUUGUUAAAUAUAAUAAAAAGAUGGAGCUGGAUAUUUAAGGAACACCUUCUACACCGUGUGGUCGAUAGUGUAAAUCAGUUGCUGUCAUUUAUUACUGUAACUGAGGAAGGAAUUGCAGAAAAGGUCCGGGAUGGUGAUUAUACUGGACUGGUUCAAAUCAUGACACAUCUAAUGGCAAUCCGAGACCGGAAGUCAGCUGCAGAUGAUACUUUUGAAUCUCUGAAAGAAACAGCAGAAUUAUUAAAAACCUGUGGACAGCAGCUUCCUGAACACGUUUAUGCUGGGCUUGCGGAGCUGCCAGAAAAGUGGAAGAACCUUACAAAGAUUGCUUUAACUAUAAAGCAUGAAGUGGCACCUUUGCAGUCCAAUGAAGUAUCUGUUAUCAGAAGAAAAUGUGUACAGUUUGAGGAAAAUCAAUGCAAGUUCAGAGAACAGUUUAGGAAUGAAGCAAUUUUUAAGUUUAAUACAUGUGAUCCAUAUACACUUCUGGACAAGACUCAUCGGCAUAUCAUCAAGCAAGAAGCAGAAAUGCACAGUCUUCAGGAAACAGCUAAACUAUUUGAAGUGAAUGUACCAGAUUAUAAGCAACUGAAACAGUGUCAUUCAGAUAUUGUUCUAUUGAAGUCUGUGUGGGACAUGGUAUUUUUCAUUCAGACUAGCAUUGAUGAUUGGACCAAAACACAGUGGAAACAAAUAAAUGUAGAACAAAUGGAUAUGGAACUGCGAAGAUUCGCAAAGGAGAUGAAAACACUUGAUAAGGAGGUUCGAGUUUGGGAUGUCUAUGCUGGAUUAACAUCUAUGGUGAAAAAUAUGCUGACUUCUCUUCGGGCUCUUACUGAGUUACAGAAUCCUGCAGUCAGAAUGAGGCACUGGCAGGAAUUAAUGAAUGCAACUGGGGUUGGCUUUAUCAUGGAUGCAGACACUACCCUAGGAGACUUGUUAGCUCUGCAGCUAUAUAGGUUAGAAGAGGAAGUAAAAAACAUAGUGGACAAGGCAGUAAAGGAAAUGGCAAUAGAAAAGGUGCUGACAGAGAUUAGUCAAAUAUGGAGUGUAAUGGAGUUUUCAUAUGAAACGCACUAUAGUACAGGAACUCCACUGCUCAGAUCUGAUGAAAAUCUGAUUGAAACACUGGAAGAUAAUCAGGUUCAAUUGCAAAACAUUUUGAUGAGCAAGUAUGUGGAAUAUUUCUUUGUGGAUGUCUGCAGUUGGCAAAAGAAACUAAUGAUUACUGAUUUGGUCAUCUCUAUGUGGAUGGAAGUGCAACGAACAUGGGCUUACUUGUACAGUAUUUUUAUUGGUUCUGAAGAUAUCAGGAAUCAACUUUCUGAAGAUGCUAAACAAUUUGAUGAGAUUGACUUGAACUUCAAGGACUUAAUGGCUAUGAUUGUCAAAACAAAGAAAGUAAUUGAGACAACAAACAAUCUGGGAUUACUGGAAAAAUUAGAAAUUCUUCAACGAAGACUGACACAUUGUGAGAAAGCUUUAGCUGAAUAUCUUGAGACUAAGCGACUCUCGUUUCCAAGAUUUUACUUUGUUUCUGCAAUGGAUUUAUUGGAAAUUAUUUCCAAAGAAGGUCAACCAAAACAGGUGACAAAACAUUUGCUUAAGCUGUUUGAUAAUUUAGCUGAUUUAAAAUUUGAAAAUAAUGACAAGCAUGGUGACACAUGUAAUGCAGUGGGAAUGUACAGUAGAGAAGGAGAAUAUGUGCAGCUUUCAACACCCUGUUUUUGUGAAGGACAGGCUGAAUGUUGGCUGCAUAAUCUUGAGGAGACGAUGCGAACAACAGUGCAACAUGAAAUCAUGGAAGCAGUUGCAGCGUAUGAAGAGAAGCCGAGAGAUCAGUGGUUGUUCGAUUACCCGGCACAAGUGGCCUUGACUGGCACUCAGAUUUGGUGGACCACAGAUGUUGGAAUUGCUUUUGAACGUCUGGAAGAAGGCUUUGAAACAGCUUUAAAAGAUUACAACAAAAAACAAAUUGCUCAGCUAAAUGUUCUUAUAAACAUGCUACUAGGGGAGCUCACCCAUGGUGAUCGUCAGAAGAUUAUGACAAUCUGUACAAUUGAUGUACAUGCCAGAGAUGUUGUAGCAAAGCUCAUAGCACAGAAGGCCACUAAAGGUCAAGCAUUUGCCUGGCUAUCACAACUGCGUCACAGAUGGGAUGAUCAUCAUCGGCAGUGUUUCAUUAAUAUCUGUGAUGCCCAGUUUCAAUAUUCAUAUGAGUACCUUGGUAAUAUGUCUCGGUUGGUAAUUACACCUCUGACUGACAGAUGUUAUAUUACCUUAACCCAAUCUUUGCAUUUGACAAUGAGUGGAGCACCAUCAGGACCUGCUGGGACAGGUAAAACUGAGACCACUAAAGACUUGGGACGGUCUUUGGGCAUUAUGGUCUAUGUUUUCAACUGCUCAGAACAGAUGGAUUACAAGUCCAUAGGAAAUAUAUAUAAAGGUCUUGCACAAACAGGAGUGUGGGGAUGCUUUGAUGAAUUCAAUCGUAUUUCAGUGGAAGUUCUUUCAGUUGUAGCUGUACAAGUCAAGACCAUUCAAGAUGCAAUUAGAAACAAGAAAAAGCGAUUUUAUUUUCUAGGAGAAAGUAUUGAACUGAAACCUUCUGUAGGUAUUUUCAUUACCCUAAAUCCUGGAUAUGCAGGGAGAACAGAACUUCCUGAAAACUUGAAAGCCCUGUUCAGACCUUGUGCAAUGGUGAUCCCAGACUUCGAGCUGAUCUGCGAAAUAAUGUUGGUCGCAGAGGGAUUUAUAGAUGCUAGGCAGCUUGCCAGAAAAUUUAUAAGUCUCUACGCACUUUGCCGUGAGCUACUGUCAAAGCAGGACCAUUAUGACUGGGGCCUUAGAGCUAUAAAAUCUGUAUUGGUGGUUGCAGGAUCUCUGAAGAGAGGAGAUCGAAACAGCCCUGAGGAACAGGUCUUAAUGCAUGCUCUUAGAAAUUUUAAUCUACCAAAAAUUGUCAGCAAUGAUGUUCCUAUUUUUCUGGGUCUGAUUGGUGAUCUUUUCCCAUCGUUGGAGGUACCACAAAAGAAAGAUUUUGAUUUGGAACAGAUGGUGCGCCAGUCUAUUUCAGAACUGCACCUGCAGCCAGAAGACAACUUCAUAUUAAAGGCUACACAACUCGAGGAGUUGUUGGCAGUGCGACAUUCAGUUUUUGUUAUUGGUGUUGCUGGAACUGGCAAAAGCCAGAUAUUAAGAACUCUUCACAGGACUUAUGCCAACAUGAAGUUAAAGCCAGUGUGGUGUGAUAUAAACCCCAAGGCAGUGACCACAGAUGAACUAUUUGGAUUUUUGCAUCCUGCUACACGUGAAUGGAAAGAUGGCUUGUUUUCAAAUAUGAUGAGAGAACUUUCCAGCAUUGCUCAUGCAAGUCCAAAGUGGAUUGUUUUAGAUGGAGAUAUUGACCCAAUGUGGAUAGAAUCACUCAACACAGUAAUGGAUGAUAACAAGGUGCUGACUUUAGCUAGCAAUGAACGUAUCUCUUUAUCACCUUCCAUGCGGUUGCUGUUUGAAAUCAGUCAUCUUCAUGCGGCGACUCCUGCAACAGUAUCCAGGGCUGGUAUAAUAUAUGUCAAUCCUCAGGAUUUAGGAUGGAGUCCAUAUGUCACUAGCUGGAUUGACACUCGCAAAGCCCAGUCAGAACGAGCCAAUCUUACUAUACUAUUUGACAAGUAUGUUCCCCUUUGUCUGGAACAAGUGCGUUGUAAUCUCAAAACCAUUACUCGAGUUCCGGAGAACAGUAUUGUGCAGACUUUAUGUUCUCUACUAGACUGCCUAUUAACUCCAGAAAAUACUCCCCCAGACUCUCCACGUGAUAUCUAUGAGAUGUACUUUGUUUUUGCUUGUGUCUGGGCUUUUGGUGGAGCGUUAUUCCAAGAUCAACUAAUUGAUUACCGUGGGAAAUUUAGUAGAUGGUGGACCAAAGAAAUGAGAGGCAUCAAAUUCCCGUCCCAAGGGACAGUCUUUGAUUAUUAUAUUGACUCUGACACCAAAAGGUUUACUCUGUGGACAGAAAAGAUUCCAAAGUUUGAAAUGGAACCCGAUGCCCCUCUACAGGAUGUACUAGUUCACACUCAAGAAACUAUCGGCCUAAAAUAUUUCAUUGAUUUACUUGUGAAAAAGGGAAAACCAGUGAUGUUCGUUGGAAAUGCAGGGGUAGGAAAGACUCUUCUUGUAUCAAAAGAAGUUUCAAAGCUAACUGAAGAUUAUAUUAUAACUAAAGUUCCUUUCAACUACUAUACAACAUCUGCAAUGCUCCAGAGAGUUCUUGAAAAACCUUUAGAAAAAAAAGCUGGAAGAAAUUACGCUCCUGCAGGCACAAAAAGAUUGAUCUAUUUUAUUGAUGAUCUUAACAUGCCUGAAGUAGAUGCCUAUGGCACUGUCCAACCACAUACUCUAAUCAGGCAACAUUUAGAUUACAGCCAUUGGUAUGACAGACAAAAGUUAGCUUUGAAAGAGAUUCAUAAUUGCCAGUAUAUUGCUUGUAUGAAUCCUGCUGCUGGCAGCUUUUCGAUUAAUAUGCGUCUUCAGAGACAUUUCUCUGUUUUUGCAGUCAGUUUCCCUGGAGCAGAUGCACUGGCCACAAUAUACAGCAACAUUCUUGAUGCUCAUUUUCAAGAAUAUAGUUUCAGUCACAGCGUAAUGAAAAUUGCUAAUAGUGUCGUUCAAGCUGCUAUCUGUCUUCAUCAGAAAAUGACUCAGAACUUUCUGCCUACAGCAAUUAGAUUCCAUUAUAUUUUUAACUUAAGGGAUCUGUCCAACAUUUUCCAGGGUAUACUGUUUGUAACUCCAGACUGUGUACGACUACCUACAGACUUGAUUCAUUUAUGGCUUCAUGAAUCAUCCAGAGUCUAUGCUGACAAACUCAUGGAAGAAAAAGAUAUUGAACAUUUCUACAAAAUCCUUGUGGAUACUGCAAAGAAAUACUUUGAGGUUAUCGAUGAACAUAUUUUUACCCAGAAGCCAUUGAUUUACUGCCACUUUGCCCAAGGUGUUGGAGAGCCCAGAUAUUUGCCUGUAACCAAUUGGAAAAAGCUACAUAGAAUUCUUACAGAUGCCCUGGAACAUUACAAUGAACUGCAUGCAGUGAUGAGCCUUGUCCUAUUUAAAGAAGCAAUGCAACACAUCUGUCGAAUAAGUCGCAUUUUGGAGGCUCCACGAGGCAAUGCCCUUUUAGUUGGUGUUGGAGGAAGUGGCAAACAAAGCUUGUGUCGUUUGGCUGCAUUUCUCAGUUCACUGGAAGUGUUUCAGAUUAUACUGCGGAAGAACUAUGGCAUUCCUGAUCUCAGGAGUGACAUUGCUGCUUUAUAUAUUAAAGUUGGAGUGAAGAACAUUGGCACAGUAUUCCUUCAUACAGAUGCUCAAAUACCAGAUGAACGAUUCCUUGUUCUAAUUAAUGACAUGUUGGCUUCAGGAGAUAUUCCAGAUUUGUUCAAUGAUGAAGAAGUGGACAGUAUUAUAUCUACCAUGAGAAUGGAACUACGAGGUCUUGGAUUAUUGGACACCAGAGAGAAUUGCUGGCAUUUCUUCAUUGACCGAAUUCGCCAACAGUUAAAGGUUGUUCUGUGCUUUUCUCCUGUGGGCUUUGUUCUUCGGAUGAGAGCAAGGAAGUUUCCAGCUGUAGUGAACUGCACAGCCAUUGAUUGGUUUCAUCCAUGGCCUCAAACAGCACUGGAAUCUGUAAGCCACAGUUGUAUUGAAAAAAUUGAUGGACUGGAGACUGAAGUGAAAUCUUCUAUUGCUCAGUUUAUUGCUUACGCACACAUAUGUGUGAAUGAUGUUAGUGUGAAAUAUCAGCAGAAUGAAAAACAUUACAACUAUACCACUCCAAAAAGUUUCCUAGAACAAAUUAAAUUGUAUCAAAACCUGCUGAGUAAGAAAGGAAAAGAACUAACGCAAAAGAAGGAGCGACUGGAGAAUGGUCUUCAAAAACUACAAACUACAGCUUCACAAGUGGACUUUCUGAAGGCAAAACUAGCUAUUCAAGAAAUGGAACUUCACCAAAGGAACAAAGACGCUGAGGCACUGAUCACCAAAGUAGGGCAGCAGACUGAAAAGCUGAAUCAAGAGAAAGCUAUUGCUGAUGCUGAAGAGCAAAGGGUGACUGCCAUCCGAGCAGAAGUGUCUAAGCAACAGCAACAAUCUGAAGAUGACCUUGCAAAAGCUGAGCCUGCACUUUGUGCUGCAAAUGCUGCCUUGAACACACUAAACAGGUCAAACUUGACAGAAUUGCGAACUUUUCCAAAUCCACCUGCUAUUGUUACCAAUGUUACUGCUGCUGUUCAGGUGCUUUUAGCUCCUAAUGGGAAAAUUCCAAAAGAUCGAAGUUGGAAAACGGCUAAAAUGUUGUUUACCAAGUUGAACAACAUUAAUGCGAAAUAUGCUUACUGUGUAUAUUGCCAGGUUAGUUGUGAAGUGGAACACAAACGUAAAGCACUUGUGCAAGCCAAUUCUGAUUUAGCUGCCGCUGCAGAGAAGCUUGAGACCAUUAGAAAAAAGCUUGCAGAUCUAGACACAUGCUUGACUGGAUUAACAGAAGCCUUUGAAAAGGCCACAUCUGAAAAAGUCCGUUGUCAGGAUCGAGUGAAAAGAACCAAUAAGACAAUUGAACUAGCUAACAGAUUAGUGAAAGGUUUGGAGUCAGAGAAUGUACGCUGGGCUCAGUCUGUCACACAGUAUUCCGAACAGGAGAAAACUCUCUGUGGAGAUGUUCUCUUGAUGGCAGCUUUCAUUUCUUAUGCUGGUUCUUUCUCAAAGAAGUAUCGAUAUGAGCUUGUUCAAAACAUGUGGAUGCCUUACCUAAGAAGUCAAAAGGUUCCCAUUCCAAUGACUGAAGGUUUGGAUGCUGUUGCCUUGCUCUCAGAUGAUGCAACAAUUGCAGCCUGGAACAAUGAAGGCUUACCCAGUGAUAAAACAUCCAUGGAAAAUGCCACUAUCUUUUCUAACUGUGAGAGAUGGCCACUCUUGAUUGAUCCUCAACUUCAGGGAAUCAAGUGGAUCAAAAACAGAUUUGGCACAGACUUGAAAGUCAUUAAUUUGGGUCAAAAAGGAUAUGUGGAUGUUAUAGAAAAAGCACUUGUCGUGGGAAAUCCUAUUUUAAUAGAAAACAUGGAAGAGACCAUUGAUCCUGUGCUGGAUCCUUUACUUUGCAGACACAUCAUUAAGAAAGGAAGGUACAUUAGGAUUGGAGAUAAAGAGUGUGUAUUGCAUCCUAAUUUCCGUUUAAUUCUACACACCAAAUUGGCUAAUCCUCACUACAAACCUGAAAUACAGGCACAGACUACACUGAUUAACUUUACAGUCACUCGUGAUGGUUUAGAAGACCAGCUACUAGCAGAAGUGGUGAGCCUUGAAAGACCUGAUCUGGAACAGCUUAAGUCUGAACUCACCAAGCAACAGAAUGAUUUCAAAAUUGAACUGAAGCUACUUGAGGAUGAGCUUUUGACACGACUUUCAGCUGCAGACUGGAACUUCUUGGGAGAUACAUUACUGGUGGAAAAACUUGAAACUACAAAGCAUACAGCAGCUGAAAUAGAAAUGAAGGUGCUUGAAGCUAAAGUUAAUGAAAUAAAGAUCAAUGAAGCUCGCGAACACUACCGUCCAGCAGCAGUCAGAGCCUCUCUACUCUUCUUUAUAAUGAGUGACCUUAAUAUGAUCAAUCCUAUGUAUCGAUUUUCACUAAAGUCAUUUGCUACUGUGUUUCACAAAGCUGUACAACAGGCUGUUGUGUCGGAUGAUGUGAGAGUGAGGGUAUCUAAUUUAAUUGAUGAGAUCACAUAUUCAACAUUCACCUACAUUAACCGUGGGUUGUUUGAAAGGGAUAAGCUUACUUUUACCGCCCAAAUGACAUUUCAGAUUUUACUUUUGAACAAGGAAAUAGAUGCUCAUGAGCUUGACAUCUUGCUCAGAUUUAAUAUUGACCAUAAUUACAACAGUCCUGUGGACUUCCUGUCAAACACAGCAUGGAGUGCAAUAAAGACAAUGAGCUUUAUGGAUGAGUUUCGUGGGUUGGAUAGAGAUAUUGAAGGUUCAGCUAAACGUUGGAAAAAAGUUGUUGAAUCUGAAUGUCCAGAAAAAGAAAAGUUUCCUCAAGAAUGGAAGAAUAAAAGUUCUCUACAGAAGCUUAUUAUGAUGCGUGCUUUACGUCCAGAUCGCAUGACAUAUGCAAUCGGAAAAUUUGUAGAAGAGAAGCUUGGAACAAAAUACGUUGAGGGCCGUCAAAUAGAAUUUGCUAAAUCAUUUCGGGAAAGCGAUCCAGCAUCUCCAAUCUUCUUCAUUCUCUCUUCUGGAGUCAAUCCACUGAAAGAUGUAGAAUCCUUAGGAAAAAAACUUGGCUUCACCAUAGAUUCUGGAAAACUCCAUAAUGUAUCCCUUGGCCAGGGACAAGAAGCAAUAGCUGAACAAGCUAUGACAAAUGCAGCUAAAGAAGGAUACUGGGUUAUUCUGCAGAAUAUUCACUUAGUCGCUAAAUGGCUAAGCAAUUUAGAAAAGCUUCUUGAGGAGUACAGCGAAAGAUCCCAUCCAGACUAUCGUGUGUUCAUGAGUGCAGAAGCUGCUCCAACUCCUGAAGAGCACGUUAUACCACAAGGAAUCCUUGAGAACUCAGUUAAAAUUACCAAUGAACCACCAACUGGUAUGCUAGCUAAUCUCCAUGCGGCUUUGGACAAUUUUGAUCAGGAUACUCUGGAUCAAUGCUCUCGUGAACAUGAGUUUAAAACAAUACUGUUUUCACUGUGCUACUUUCAUGCCUGUGUUGCUGAACGGCGUAAAUUUGGACCUCAGGGCUGGAAUCGAAAGUAUCCUUUUAAUACUGGAGACCUAACUAUCUCAGUCCAUAUUUUAUUCAGCUAUUUAGAAGCUAAUUCUCAGGUACCAUGGGAAGAUUUGCGUUAUCUGUUUGGUGAAAUUAUUUAUGGAGGUCAUAUUACCGAUGACUGGGACAGAAGACUAUGUCGUACUUAUCUAGAAGAGUACAUGCAGCCUGACCAGUUUGAAAGAAAAAUUACUUUGGCUCCUGGUUUUGUAGCUCCAUCAAAUCUUGAUUACAAUGGUUAUCAUAGGUACAUUGAUGAAAUGUUACCACCUGAAAGCCCUGUACAUUAUGGUCUCCACUCAAAUGCAGAGAUUGAAUUCCUCACUGUAACUUCAGACAGCCUUCUCCACACUUUAUUAGAAAUGCAGCCCAGAGAUUCAUUAACUGGUGAAGGAGCAACACAAACUGUUGAAGAAAAGGUAAAGAUUAUUUUAGAUGAAAUAUUGGAGAAACUACCAGAGGAAUAUAAUAUGGCUGAUAUAACCUCUAAAACAACGGAGCGUUCCCCUUACAUUCUGGUCUGCUUCCAAGAGUGUGAAAGAAUGAAUAUCCUAAUUCGGGAAGUGAGACAUUCAUUAAAGGAACUAGAUCUGGGGCUAAAGGGCGAGUUGGCAAUUUCCUCUGAGAUGGAGUUACUACAGACAGCACUUUUCUUUGAUAAUGUUCCUGACACCUGGACCAAGCUGGCAUAUCCAUCAACGUACAGUCUAGCGCAGUGGUACAGUGAUCUUCUUCUUCGUUGCCAUGAACUUGACACCUGGACACAGGAUCUGACCCUUCCUAGUGUUAUCUGGAUAUCAGGUUUUUUCAACCCACAAUCCUUUCUUACAGCUGUAAUGCAAAGUUUGGCAAGGAAAAAUGAGUGGCCACUGGAUAAGAUGCACCUGAUAGUAGAUGUCACUAAGAAACUGAAGGAAGACUUUACACAACCUGCUAGAGAAGGAGCAUACAUUUCUGGACUCUAUAUGGAAGGAGCACGGUGGGACAUUCAGAAUGGCUAUAUAGCAGAAGCCUGGUUGAAAGAACUGACACCUCUGAUGCCUGUUAUAGUUGUUAAAGCAAUCCCCAAUGACAAACAGGAAAUGAGAAAUAUUUAUGAAUGUCCUGUCUAUAAGACUAAGCUUAGAGGACCUACCUAUGUUUGCACUUUCAAUUUGAAAACAAAAGAGAGAACUGCAAAAUGGAUUCUUGCUGGUGUUGCAUUAUUAUUGUGUGUUUGA